UUCUUAAAACCCCAAUCCAUUGAUUUAUAUAGGACCGUGCCAUCCGUGCCGUUGCAUGACCGCCACUAUGCUCUCCUAUUCGCUAUCUGCUUCUCCCCCUCAAACCCAAGCCCCCACGCAGAACCUCCCAUGGCUUCCCACUCCCGAGCUGGCCUCGCAAUUCCCCAUCCUCCGCCACCUCCUCUCCUGCACCUCCAUGCGCCACCUCCACCAGAUCCACUCCCACACCCUCACUUCCGGCGCCUUCCGCGAUCCCUUCGUCGCCUCCCGCGUCCUCUCCUUCGCUGCCCUCUCCCCAGCCGGCUCCCUCCACUACGCCCGCCUCAUCUUCUCCCGGAUCCCCUCCCCCGACGCCUUCACUGCCGACGCCCUCCUCCGGGGCUACGUCGGCCGCGCCAGUCCGAUCGACGCCCUCCUCUUCUACGCCGACGUCCUCCGGUCCUCCGUUCGCGACUUCCCAAGCCCCCACACCUUCCCUCUCCUCCUCAGAGCUUGCGCUGGCAUGCCCUCCCUUCAGCUCGGUGAAACGGUUCACGCUCAGGCGCUGAAGCUUGGAUUCACCUCGCAAACGCCCACCCAAAACUUCUUGGUGCGAAUGUACGCUUCGCGUGGCCUGGUGGACCGCGCAAGAUUCAUUUUUGAUGGCGUUUCCGAACGCAACGAUGCUUCGGUGAACAUGAUGAUGGGUGGUUACUUGAGCUGUGGUCGAGUGGAGGAGGCACGCAAGCUGUUCGAUGAAAUGGCGGAAAGAAAUGUCAUCGCUUGGAGCGUGAUGAUCGAUGGGUAUCUUCAAAGCAGCCAAUUCAAAGAAGCGCUGGAGCUGUUCCGUGAGAUGUUGAAGCAGAGAUUGGAACCCAAUGAGAGUAUAUUGGUCAACAUCCUCUGUGCUUGCGCUCACUUUGGGGCGAUUGAGCAAGGCCUGUGGGUGGAGGAGUAUAUUAGAAGGAAGAACACGCAAGUUACUGUUAGGAUCGGUACUGCACUUGUGGACAUGUACCUGAAGUGUGGUUGCGUGGAGAAGGCUUUCGAGAGGUUCGACUCAAUGGAAGAGAAGAAUGUGACAACAUGGAGCGCCAUGAUCUCAGGGCUCGCGAUCAACGGGCGUGCUAGAGAUGCACUGCACUUGUUUGCAGAGAUGGAGGCAAACGGUGUGCUGCCAAAUGAGGUGUGCUUCAUUGGCGUGUUGAAUGCUUGUAGCCAUGCCGGGCUAGUUGACGACGGAGUGAAGUACUUCAAAGCAAUCAACAACGUUUAUGGAUUGGAGCCAAAUGUCCAGCACUAUUGUUGUUUGGUCGAUCUUUAUGGUCGAGCUGGUCUUUUGGACAAAUCUGAGGAGGUGAUUGAGCAAAUGCCGAUGAAGCCUAACAGUGCAGUUUGGGGAGCCCUAUUGAACUCUUGUAGAAUUCACAAGAACGACACUUUAGCAGAGCGUAUCAGCAAACAACUCCUUGAGUUGGAGCCAAGAAACAGCGGGCGCUACGUAUUGCUGUCGAACAUCUAUGCAGCAAAAGGGAGGUGGGCUGAAGUAGCCGAGAUGAGGAGGUUGAUGAAAGAGAGAGGAGUCACCAAAACACCAGGGAGUAGCUUCAUAAAUUUGAAAGGAAGUGUUCAUGAGUUCAUUGCAGGAGAUAAUGCUCACCCCCAAAGAAGAGAAAUCUACGCCAAGUUAGACGAGAUGAGUAGAAAGGUGAGGCUAGCAGGACAUGAACCUAGCACUGAUCAAGUGUUGAUCGAGAUGGAUGAAGGAGAGAAAGGCACUGCACUUCAUCACCAUAGUGAGAAGCAAGCACUUGCUUUUGGAUUGAUCAAUGGGAAACCGGGCAAUACUAUCAGGAUUAUGAAAAACCUUCGCAUUUGUGAGGAUUGUCACUCCUUCACUAAGAUAUCAUCUAAGACUUAUGAAUGUGAGAUAGUUGUAAGGGAUAGGAAUCGGUUCCACCAUUUCAGGGAUGGUGUUUGUUCUUGUAUGGACUUCUGGUGAUUAUUGAAAUUCAACGUAAUAACUAAAAAUAUUGAUUAGAUAACAAAAGCUAGCGUUUGGUGUAAAAUACCGAAAAUGGACGAAUCACAAUAAGGGAAUUUUUAGAAAUUUUCUGGAAAUUUUUCGGAGAUCGUAUGGUGUAGGUUAUAGGGGUAAAUAUUAGAUCACGGAAAAGCAUAUUUAGGUUACCUCAUUUAAAC